AAGGCCUCCUCUUUCCGCCUUUCUCGCCUUCUGAGGAGCUUAGAAAUUUGGACAAGAGGGCUUAUAUAGAAUGUAAAUGACCUUGAUGGCGGUUUCGAGGAACAAAGGAUUUAAAUAAGGCGUCCACGCUGUAACGAAAGUGCGGCUCAGGUUAGACAGCUGGACUUCCCCCAUAGCCCUCUUCCUCCGCCUCCCCCCGCCUCGCGCCUUCACCCAAGCGGAUGAAAACAAACACUAACGAUGGCGGCGCCGGGAGACGACUGGUUGCCGGGCUUGGGGCAGCAGUGAUCGCUUGACUGGCGACGGCAGCCCUGAGUAGCGCCAGUCGACCUGAGGGCGACAACUCGCGCAGUGCUGAGAGCGAAACGCUGAAGGCCUUCGCGCCGGGAGACGCCGGAGCGCGAGGUGAGGGUGACUGUUGACUAGUGACAGAGGGGACCCAAGGCUCACGACUGUCUUCUUACCGGCAGUGGAACGGCCUGUGGACACCCGCGAUCCCUUCUCGUUGGAUGCAUCUCUGGAUUCCUAUAGGCAAUGGAAACUGAUCUCAAUUCCCAAGACAGAAAGGACCUGGACAAGUUCAUUAAAUUUUUUGCCCUCAAGACUGUCCAAGUGAUCGUCCAGGCUCGGCUUGGUGAGAAGAUUUGUACUCGCUCAUCUUCAUCCCCGACGGGUUCAGACUGGUUUAACUUAGCAAUCAAAGAUAUCCCAGAGGUUACACAUGAAGCAAAGAAGGCGCUGGCAGGACAGCUGCCUGCUGUCGGGAGGUCCAUGUGUGUGGAGAUCUCUCUCAAGACUUCUGAGGGAGAUUCUAUGGAGCUGGAAAUUUGGUGUCUUGAAAUGAACGAAAAGUGUGAUAAAGAAAUCAAAGUUUCCUACACGGUGUACAACAGGCUGUCACUGCUGCUGAAGUCUCUCCUUGCAAUCACUCGGGUAACGCCAGCCUACAGACUGUCCAGAAAACAGGGGCAUGAAUACGUCAUACUGUACAGGAUAUAUUUUGGGGAAGUUCAACUGAAUGGCCUAGGAGAAGGUUUCCAGACUGUUCGUGUUGGGACAGUGGGCACCCCCGUGGGCACCAUCACUCUUUCUUGUGCUUACAGAAUUAACUUGGCAUUCAUGUCAACCAGGCAAUUUGAGCGGACCCCACCUAUCAUGGGGAUUAUCAUUGAUCACUUUGUGGACCGGCCCUAUCCCAGCUCCUCUCCCAUGCAUCCCUGCAAUUACAGAGCUGCUGGUGAGGACCCUGGGGUCGCGUACCCAUCCGUGGAAGACUCUCAAGAAGUGUGCACCACCUCUUUUUCCACCUCCCCUCCAUCCCAGUGUGUGUUUACUGUCACAAAGGCACAUUUUCAGACCCCUACUCCUGUGGUGACGGACACCCUGAGGGUCCCCAUGGCAGGACUGGCCUUUUCCCAUCAACCUGCUGCCCUGGGCGUUGGAUCAGCUGACCUGGCUUAUCCAGUAGUGUUCGCUGCUGGCUUAAACGCAACACACCCUCACCAGCUGAUGGUCCCUGGGAAAGAAGGUGGAGUACCCCUUGCUCCCAACCAGCCUGCCCACGGUGCCCAGGCUGACCAGGAGAGACUGGCCACCUACACCCCUUCUGACGGGGCCCACUGUGCUGCCACGCCUUCCAGCAGCGAGGAUACGGAAACCGUGUCGAACAGCAGCGAGGGACGGGCCUCCCCCCGGGAUGUCCUGGAGACCGCCUUUGUCCGAAAAGUGGGGGCCUUCGUCAACAAGCCCAUCAACCAGGUGGCCCUGACCAGCUUGGACAUACCCUUCGCCAUGUUCGCUCCCAAGAAUUUGGAGCUGGAGGAUACUGACCCCAUGGUGAACCCCCCAGACUCCCCGGACCCCGAGUCUCCUCUCCAGCGCAGCCUGCACUCAGACGGCUCCAGCGGAGGCAGCAGCGGCAGCGCCCGUGAUGACUUCGUGAUGGUCGACUUUAAACCGGCUUUUUCUAAAGACGAUAUUCUCCCAAUGGACUUGGGGACCUUCUAUCGGGAAUUCCAGAACCCCCCUCAGCUGAGCAGCCUCUCCAUCGAUAUUGGAGCACAGUCCAUGGCUGAAGACUUGGACUCGCUCCCGGAGAAGCUGGCCGUGCACGAGAAGAACGUCCGAGAGUUUGACGCCUUUGUGGAGACGCUGCAGUAAACGUGGCCCCGGGCCCUGGCAUCCCUGCGGCCCCGGGAAGCUGAGCCCCGCCCACAUCAGCUGCUCCCAUCUCUCCUGCCCCAAGCCAGCUGAGGGGCGAUGGGCUCCCCAUAGGGACCCAGAAGUUCCUGUCUUCGGACCCCCUGGAGACUCCAUGGCACCUGUCAAGCCCAAUAACAGCGUUCGAGAGAACUCCUGGCCCUGGAGGUGGGCAGAGCCUGUGUCACAGAUGGGCCCUCAGCGGGGCCGUGUGCACCCCCGUGUCACAUCGGGGCCCUCAGCAGGGCCGUGUGCACGCCCAUGUCACAUCGGGGCCCUCAGCGGGGGCGUGUGCACGCCCUGCCUGCCAUCAGCUGCUUCACGGAGGCGUCCACCCCGCCCUCCUGCUGCCCGCCUCCCGCCCGGCUCCGCCCGUGCCCUUUGACACUGGAGCUGGGGGCCCCGAGACCAAUGGCGGGCGGACAGCAAGGAGCGGGAGCUGGAGGCCCGCUUUGUUCCCCUUAAGUUCCUGGAGUCUUCCUCUUCUUCACGCCCUCUCUGCCCUGUGCCACCCCCACCCCCCCCCCAUGCUGCGGGUGAUGACAGGCCAUCCCCAGCAGGCGACGAGAACUCCAAAGCCAUCUCGACCCUCAGAGGCCCUGGCAGCCUCUGCGCGAGGGGCGAGCGGCCCUGGUGGCUGCCUCGCCCAGCCCCGGGGGAGGCGGAACCCGUGUCUCUGGGACCCAGGAACUGGGCGUCACCGCUGAGGCUCCCCCCCCCCCCCCCCCGUUGCUGCUCCUUGGUUAUAGAACACGGUAAAUAUUUAUUACUUUCAGAGAAAUCAGAUAUUUUAUAGAGAAAAUAUGUUUGAGGUUAGAUGCUUUCACUUGGGGAAGCUGGAGGGCCUCUUCGCGGGCCUCCCCCAUCGGGCUGCAGGGAUCGGACUGGCUGAGGUCAGAGUGCCCUCCCGGGAUGGCUGGGUUUGAACUGGCCACAGGCUCUCCCUCGGAUGCUACGUCUUCCUGGCAAAAGCCUGAGGUCUCAGCUCCUACAGAUAGCGCCGCUGACUGUUCUGGCCACCCAGGAGGCCUUGGGUGCUAAAGGCAGUGACUCCCAAGCUGUGCCACCCAUGGGCAUCGUGUGCGUGCCCCGCUGCCUGGCACUGUGUCCUGAUCCCCGGGGCUGGGCCACAGACCUUCUCCGUGUACUUGGGCCUGGCCACCGCCUCCUUUAACCCCAGGGUCUGUGCACGGCCCUGGCAUUUAUGAGCUGGGCUGACCGCUCGUUGAGAAACCAAAGCUGGGCAUGUGCUUGGCUUAGCCCUUCAGUAUCAGUGCUUGACUAAGUCAAGUGCCUGGCCUCCCCCGUUGGCCCCCGGCUGGCCGCCUGCCUGAGAGCAGGCCUGCCCACCCCACCGGGCCUCUCAGGGAUUGGGCAGCCACAGCUGAGGGUUAGAGCCGGCUCCGGAGGACAGCCCUGUCCCUGUGCAUGCUUUGCCGUCACAGACCAGUGUCCCCAGCAGUGGCGGCAAGCUGGCCCUCCCGUCUGGGCCUCAUCGUGUCCAUGGCCUGCUCACCCACUUAGACUUAACCUCCAAGGCCCCCGUGCUGAAGAGGAGGCGGGCCUUCAACUGCUGCCCUCUGUCUAGGCCUUCGCAUGGAGAGGCCUGUUAGCCACCGUCUGACACAGUCCUCUCUGACUCCGUCACUGUUAGCCUCCACGGACAGCAGCCAUUGGGGAGAGGCAGGGGAGGCCGAGCCCCGACUGAGCUGAGCCUGGGAGGAGCAAAGUGACUGCGAAGGCUGCCCUUGCCCUCAGCCCAGUGCACAAAAGGAUGAGCCCACGCGGACUCCUGCGGCGCCCAGGGGCAGGCUGGGACAGUCGGCUGUCUCCAGGUGCCAGAGUCCCUCUUCCUUCUCCAACCUGAUGUGUUUGGAAAUGCUGAGCUACACUUCAAAACAUAUUCAAGAGAUUUCCAAUAAAAUUUUUUU